AGAUGUUCUUCACGUAGACGUACUACGAGGCCCGAAAAAUGCUUGUUUGAGUCAUCAAAUGUCAUUGGCUAGCACGCUCUUCUAGACCGCAGCGACAAGGAGGAAAACAUGGCCUCAAACCCCAAUCCUUAUGCCGGGGGAACGCCAUACGGCGCAAACCCGUACGCCACCAGCCUGGCACCGAACAACCCGUAUUCAGUGGCAUCAAGCUCUGCCAACCCGUACGCGACUGCGGUCCCUCAGGCGCAGCCAGUACAGAACGCAAAUCCCUAUGCUGCAGUGAGCUUUUCGGGGUUGUCUUCGUCCUCUAGUCCAAAUCCGUAUGCCGGCGCGGUUGGGGUAGGAGUCGCGAGCACAAGAACAACUCCUGGGGCUCCUUCUGUGCUUGCGCAACCACAGCAACAACCACCGCAGCAAUUGUACUAUGGCACCGCAGUCGCGCCCGCGCCGGCCGGGGUAGCGACAGCCGCGUCAGCGUCGUCGUCAAGCGCAGGAGUGGCCGCAACUGGUUCAUACACGACCAAUGUGAAUACUAGUGCCUACAUGAACCCCUACGGUGGCGGUUCCACGGCAGUCGCGGCGGCUUCGAGUUUUCCAGGCCAGCAGGCGACUUCCGUUUACGGAGUUCCACGCCCCGGAGGAGGUCUUGUCGCUGCAACCGUGUCCACCAGUGCCGGUGCGCUUGUUCCCGCACCACAGCAGCCGCCGCCGAAGACAGAAGAAGAGCUGAAGCUAGAGAAGAACAUCGCGCGUUUAGAAGAGCAGCACAAGAGGUACAUGCUGAAGGUGAGAAAAGACAGCAAAAGUAGUGCAGCUCCCUUUUCAACAACAACACCAUCUGGAACGACUGCUGGCGUCGGAGGAGGUACUACAGCAGCAGCAACUACAGCGACUACGUCUACGGUCGCGAUCCUGGCUGCGAAGAAGAUCCAGGAUUUCGUCCGGAGAAUGGCGAGGAAGAAACGGUUUAAAGAGUUGCUGCAAAGGUCUAUGAAGCGCAGACAAAGGUUGCUCCAAAGGGACAAGCUCCAACAGAACAUCUUGUUGAAAGAACGGGAAUUGAGCAAGAUGAAGCGGUUUCUGUCGGAUACAGAGUAUGGGGGCUACCGCGCGGUCAACGACCUGAUCAGCUACACGGAAGUCGAAGCGGCCCUGAAGAUCCAGAAAGUGUACCGGGGAUUCCAAAUUCGAAAAAUCAAGGUUUCCUUGAUGACCGCGAGUUUCAAGCACCGGUUCAUUGUGAAAAUGCAGAGGCUGUUAUUGCAAGAAAAAAACUGUGUAAGUGUAAGUCUGUGAUGCAAAGCGUGCAACUCUGUUACUUUACACUUGUCAUGCUAGCCAACCAUGCAGUUGUCCUAUUUCAUUUGUGUUUUCACUUACUAGCUGCGCAUGACAGGCUUUGUCUGUCAUGCAGAGCAGAUCUGUCAUGCUGUCACCUCAAGACAGCUACACUAACACAGUUUUUUUCUUGGAUAGCUGUUCCGGAAGAGGAAAGCGCUGCGACAGGCGAGGGUCUCGCAGUUUCAGAGCAUGGAGUUGUUUUUGAAGCAAAAACCGAGUUUGGUCACUUUGAAGGACGUGAACCCGUAUUUGGUGCAUGUGCAGGCUCCUGUCGUUGCACCUGAAGUUGGAGAUUCAGCGAAAAAUAACACUUCUACCUCUGCUGUAGUUCAUCAUCAACACGGUCCGGAAGUGUACAGGCGGCCGAUGAGUCUGGACAACAUGAGGAAAGUGGAGGAAAAAGUGGCGAAGAAGCUGGAUCAUGGCGGCGGGGGAAACAAUACUAGCACGACAAGUAGUGCUGGGGCGAACAUGAACAAUAUCAAUACCUCCUCCGAUGCGGUUAUUUCCGCGUCGGAGCAAGCGAACCUGCUGAAUCUGAAUAUGGACAUCGAGUCAAACGCGAAUUACGCGGCGGAGUUGGAAGAGCGGGCGCACGAGUGCUACUUGAAGUUCAACAAGGAAGCGGUGAACAGAAGGAAAGAAGCGAGCAGGUUGGCGUUGCAGAAACUGCAAGCGAAGCAGAUGACGUCGGUUAUGGAGUACGGGAAGUUAGGGGAUCCGAGGUAUGUUAUUGAAAGGAAAAAUCCCCCCUCCCCAUAUCGAAAAGGUAUGAUUUCGAAAAUUUGUAUUGCUGAUUUGAGGUCACAAAUCAUAUGUAUCUUGCAAGAAGACGAGGGCGGGAGCUUUCGCCCCAUUAUGGAGGCGAUUUGUCAUGCUGUUGGGCCUAAAAGGGAGCCGCUUGCCAUGCUGAGCAACUAGACACAUAAGCCCCUAUCUAGCCUGGAGAUCUGCCCGAAAUGCCUCUCUACAAUACAAAGCUGAUUUGUCUACGCAAAUCCAGCAUCAGAAACUUCCUUUUGAUAUGGGGAGGGGGGAUUUUUCCUCUCAAUAUAUGUCAAUCUGAACAUGGCGCCGGCGGAAUUAUUACCGGAAGCGAUGGAGAGACACAAGGUAAUAAUAGAGAAAUACUGAUGUGAUGAAGAUGUUGUUUGAUUCAAGAAGAAGAAGAAGAAGCCAGUUUAUUCCGUAAUGUACAACGCAAAUUAUGCGUAUGAGCUAGACGUAAACGUAUACCAUUUCAUGUCUCCUCUGUGAUAGAUUGUGUGUAUUUUUAUCGAAACAGCGUCGCCAGCUGGAGUGGAUGCAGCGGAAUGCCAGUGGCAAGCAACGGGCGAGAAUGACACGGAAAGAAGCUGUAGCGCUCAGUAUCCCGUGUAAAAACAUCCCCACCCCAGAGUUGUCAUGCAAUUCUGCAUCCCAAAAAAGUUUCUCAAGCGGAGCCCUAUGAGAAGCAUUUUCUUGCCGUGUUUUGGAUUUUGUGAUGCUAGAAUCAGUAUGCUAUGCUAGAUCUGUGAUGCUUCUGAACUAAGUAGCUAAUUAGCAUCACACUACGAGGACAAACUUGUCAUGCCAAACAACCAAAGCUGGUUGAUUUGUCUAGUAGGCCUCCCAUCUUGACUCUGGUGUGGGGACGUUUUCAAUCACGAUACUCAGCUUUCCGGCGGCAGAGAGUAAGGCAGAGAAGCAGCAGGACGAGGCGCUGUUGGAACUGGAAAAACUUCUAGGGUAUAGUGCUCUAUUGCAUUUCCUAUAAGAUCAUGCCUGAACAACAACAAGACGUGUUUUUUGCGUUUUUCAGUCGUUGUUGUAGUUCUCAGCAGUAGAUGAUCGUACGAAAAAACCAAAAUUACAGUUAUGACUUCACCCCCUUCGACCCAGCGGACGCGUUUAGAGUUCAUCAAAAGCGCAUCAAGCCGGAGGACUUGCGCUUACCCGGACAGGAGCUCCGCGCCUCGCUACCUUCGUCGCAACCACGUAGUCCGCCUGCAGAACAAGGGCAGCCGAUGCAGAUCGAGCAGAAGUCGCCCGUGAACCAGAACUUCGGCACUGCGGUAGCGCCGUCUGCAGCAACGGCAACCGUGGAACCGCCUCUGGCUGGAACAACUAAUGUCACUGGUGCUACGAAUAUGAUCCACCUCGGAAACAGAGCGGCGGACAUCAGGCCACCGACCUUGGGUAGCGCGCCUACAGCUGGUACUACACAGGGUGUUGUAGGAGCCACGGCUGCUGUGCCUGGUUUCGUGCAUCCACAAGCCCAACAGGCUGGAGCUGGUAGCGCGUAUGUGCAAGCGCAAGCGGAGGUGUCGCCGGGGAUGGUUAGACGGUCGAUGGAAUAAAGACGAUUGAUUUUGUCUCCCUUUGAAUGGGUUUUUUGAAUGUUUAAAUUUCUUUCCUGCAUAAUCGCGCUUACAUUACAAAAGAAUCACUUUCUGAAAGAAGCGAUUAUAGUUUGAUUGUGGGUGUUUUUAAAAGAAUCCGCGCACCAGUGGGAUUUUGCAAUGCAGCCAUGUGUCGCAUUCGGAUCAUUCGCAAGGACUGAC